CUGUUGGUUCCCAGAUGCCAUUAAAACAAACGAAGAAGAAGAACGCCCAUUUUGCUCACAUGCAUCGAAUUGAGCUGAAUUAUCAUCAGACAUAAAAGGACAAAGAGCUGCAAUGGACGGUGAUGUUGCGGUUGGUGUGAAGAGAGGCUCAGAGGAGCUCAACAUGUACAGCAGCAGCCCUACCUCUAUGACUGCAAACGGCAGUGACACUAAGAAACAGCGUCUGGACGAAUCCCCUCCCUCCAGAGUUCUCCACAUCAGGAAACUUCCCAAUGAAGUGUCAGAGACUGAAGUCAUUGCUCUGGGGCUGCCCUUUGGAAAGGUCACCAACAUACUGAUGCUGAAGGGGAAAAACCAGGCUUUUCUGGAGCUGGGUACAGAAGAAGCAGCCAUUACGAUGGUGAACUACUACACAGCUGUCACGCCACAGGUCCGAAACACUCCUGUCUUCAUCCAGUACUCUAACCAUAAGGAACUGAAAACAGACUCCGCUCUGAACCAGAGGGCCCAGGCAGUGCUGCAGGCGGUGUCAGCCGUUCAGGAUGGAAGCUCUCCAUCCUCUGACCCUGGAGUUUUAGACCUAGCUCCACCCCCCAGCCCUGUCCUACGAAUAAUCAUCGACAACAUGUUUUAUCCUGUCACACUGGAUGUUCUACAACAGAUCUUCAGUAAGUUUGGGACGGUAAUGAAGAUUAUAACCUUCACCAAGAACAACCAGUUUCAGGCUCUUCUGCAGUUCAGCGAACCCGUCAAUGCACAACAAGCUAAACUGUCUUUGGAUGGACAGAACAUCUAUAACUCAUGCUGUACUCUGCGGAUAGACUUCAGUAAACUGGUGAACCUCAACGUGAAAUACAACAAUGAUAAGAGUCGAGACUACACCAGACCUGACCUUCCUACUGGAGACGGAGAGUCAGCCAACAAGGAUCACUCUUUAUUGGGUACCCCAUCUGGAGCGCUAGCUUCCUACUCGAGUGGAGGAGGAUACUCAAACUCUCUCUCCCUCUCGCAGGGCGGAGGAGCCAUCAGUCCUCUGAGCGCCGCAGCAGCAGCGGCGGCGGCGGCUGGUCGUGUUGCUCUGUCCGGGUCCGGAGUGUCAGGAGUCCUGUUGGCAUCAAACCUAAAUGAAGAGAUGGUCACGCCUCAAAGUAUCUUUACCCUCUUCGGAGUGUAUGGUGAUGUCCAGAGGGUGAAGAUCCUCUACAACAAGAAGGACAGUGCUCUGAUCCAGCUGUCUGACGGCAACCAGGCUCAGCUGGCGAUGAGCCACUUGAAUGGUCAAAAGGUGUUUGGUAAAGUUAUGAGAGUGACGCUGUCCAAACAUCAGACUGUGGCUCUGCCCAGAGAGGGGCUGGACGACCAACUGCUAACCAAAGAUUUUUCUGGCUCACCUCUCCAUCGCUUUAAGAAGCCAGGCUCCAAAAACUUCCAGAACAUCUUUCCUCCCUCUGCAACACUUCACCUCUCCAAUGUCCGGGAUGGAGUUGGAGAGGAUGAUCUCCGCCUUCUGUUCUCUAACAGUGGAGGAACUGUCAAGGCCUUCAAGUUCUUCCAGGACCGUAAGAUGGCCCUGAUCCAGAUGACGUCGGUGGAGGAAGCCAUCCAGACUCUGAUGGAGCUUCACAACUAUGACAUGGGAGGAAAUCACCAUCUGAAAGUUUCCUUUUCCAAGUCUACCAUCUAACCCUGACAGGAGGAAGUCCACACCAUUUUUGGACAUUUUCUGUUAACCUUUGCUGCACUUUCCCCACAUAUUUGAUUAAGUAGUACAAUGUUUUAUCACUUAAAUGUGCUUUAAUUUCCAAAGCAUCAAAUAUAUUUUCUUGAUCAGUAGAAGUAGAACAACCAUCAGUGUUGGCCUAAAGGUAGUUUUCAAAGUAAACACCUUUCUGCAGCAGACAGCAGCUGAUCAUCCUGUUUAGAUGAUCUCCUGUUGCCGUAGUGAUGUCUACAGGAGCACCCUUCUGAUCACAGCCUCCUGUGAAUCUGAGAAUCUGCUCAUCGGUCCCAAAACCUUUAAAGAAUUGUCCAGAGAGGAAUGUUGAACGCUUCUUUUCAGCCUGUUGUUUCCCUUUAUUCAGCAGAGUUUUGGUUUUAGAUUAGAUUUUCUUUUCAAGGGCAAACAGCUGUUUAUUUGUAUUUCCCUACCCAGUGAUAACCUGUCGGUUUUGUAGUAGUGUUGUUUUUCUCCUAUAUUUAGAGGUCUGUUAUUUCACAUUUGUUGCUACUUGAACCACUUAUUGUUCCCCAAGCGAAUGCACAUUUGAAACCCAAACUACCAGAUGUUGUCCAUACAAUCAUUUCCCUUUUUUGUAGUAACUCCAAAAUACCUGUCAUGUCACUCCAUCAUCACCAUGGUGACGACUCUUUCCUUCUGGAGGGUAUCAGCUGCUGCCUCGCUACAGUUGUCUUUAAAACAGUUUCUCAGUGUGCCAGUUCACUCCUCUAAAUGACUUUGGGGCACUCAAAUAGUAAGUAAAAACAUUUACAAAAUAAAAGUAAAGAGAUGGAUGGGAUUUUCAUUAAAGCUUAGCGUGCAUUUCAUGCUGUUCUGCUCUCAUCUGCAAUGUAAAUAUGACCAGUUUUACAUUACCAACACACUUGUAUACUUUGUAGGCAUGUUGGGUACCUACACAAGAACAGCUUGCAGCUUUAAAAAUGUUGCUGCAGCACACAGAAUCACUUUAAAUGUAGUUUCAACACCACAUGUUCCUUGUUGUUCAGUGACGUACAAUUUGAAAAUAUAAAAAUACCAUUUUCCCUAAUAUUCCAGUAGCUGAACAAUCACCUUGAAGCUGUUCAUAGAUUAUUUAAACGAAAGCUUUGACAAACCCUUUCUAGGAGGAUGUCUACUCUAAAGGCAUUCUGGGAAAUUUGAAUCAUUCUUUGAGGCUCAUGAUGCUUGUUGAGGACAAUUGAAUAUGAUUACAUUAACACAUGCUUACACAUUGAUGACCCUAAAGUGGAGUUUUUAGUGAAGAAUAGAGCCACCUGAAAAAGUGACUCUUUUCUGAACCAGUGUGUGAGUGGGUGCACACACACACACACACACACACACACGGUUUCAACAUGUGAUUCUGGUCUUGGUCUCUGAUUGUGGGAGGAGGCCUGUUGGGACCAAAGUGUGUGCCUUUAGUCUGAUUUGGUCUGUUGUGUCUUCAAACAGAUGUACUGCUAAUGUCUGUUGAUCAGGUUUUAAACGUGUAGAAACAGAUGUAUUGUUGAUUAUUACUCGUCCUCCAGUCCUCUGUCUCAUUUGAAGCAGAGAUGCACAGACACUGGUUCCUGUUCCAUCUGAGGAAGUGUUUUUUUCACUCAUCUCUGGUGCUUCAGCUGCAACAUGUUUUCUUCAGGAGAUGUUACAAAUGCUCUGCUUGAGUCCAUUUUCUUUUGUGGUAAAAAUUCAGAUUAGCCCAAAUUAAACAUGUCUUUUCUACCAACAAACCCAAGAGAUAUUGUUUGUGUGACUAGCUUCAGGCCUCUCCUCUGUAUCUCAGCUGUCAAUAAACGUCUCUCCCUCUGUCCAG